AUGCGGAGCUUGCGCGGAGCUCCGCCGCCGCUGCCGCUGGUGCUGGUGCUGGUGCUGGUGGCCGCGGGGCACGGCGCCGUCAUCACCGGGGCCUGCGACAGAGACCAGCAGUGCGGAGGGAGGAUGUGCUGUGCGGUGAGCCUGUGGAUCCGGAGCGUGCGGAUGUGCACGCCGAUGGGAAACCUGGGAGAGGAGUGCCACCCCCUGAGCCACCGCGUCCCGUUCCCCGGGCGCAGGAUGCACCACACCUGCCCGUGCCUGCCCGGCCUGGCCUGCGUCCGGGUCUCGCCCAGCAAAUUCAAAUGUUUACCAGACUUCAGGAAAGAAGAUGUCUUCUUUUAG